UCUCCAUUGGCUUUGCUUGCUUUACCACAGCCUUCCCAGUGCUCCCCUCCCCUCAGAGGGCAGGAAAGAGGGCCCCACCGUGCCAGCUGUGUCUAAAGUACAAUCAAGUGGGGCUAAUUGCAGGUUAAUCGUGCCUCAGCCUAACUGUUUCAUCUGCCCAGUCGGUCCUUCUGUGUGCUUGGGCCUCCCGGGCUGUGCUGAGUGGUGGUUCUUGUCCUUCCUGCCGCAAGUCUCUCCACCUGGUCUGAGGGCCAAUUCUCAGAGGGCCGGGGCUCGGCAUCUCUAUCCGCUCGGGCCCAUACCCGGGGAGGCAGGGGCAGUGGCAGGCUCCUGGCCGAGAACUGCAAUGGAACGGUAUCCGUCAGCUUUCCAGACAGUCAAUCGAUCGAUCGAUCAUAUGUAUUGAGUGCUUAAUGUGUGCAGAUCACUCAACUAAGCACUUGGAAAGGUGGGAACGAUGGCCUAGACGGACGGACGAAGGAAGCUCACCUUCCGGUGAGCCCGGGAGCGGCUCGGCCCCGGCUGGGGACCGUGGGCGGCCGGGCCCAGCUGUCGGCCCCGCUUCGGACGGCAGGACCGCGGACACCCCCUCCCGGCUUGCCCCCCAGAUCCUUUCUCUCCUAAUUCAUGAGCCGGCAGGAUGCGGUCGCCGUGCUUUCAGAACGCCUUCUCGUAGCCGCCUACAAAGGCCAAGAGGAUAAUGUGGUGCAGCUUAUCAACAAGGGUGCCAAGGUAGCAGUUACCAAGCAUGGCCGCACCCCCCUGCAUCUCGCUGCCUACAAGGGGCACCUCUCUGUGGUGCGGAUCUUGCUGAAGGCCGGCUGCGACCUCGACAUUCAGGAUGACGGCGAUCAGACGGCACUGCACCGGGCGGCGGUGGUCGGCAACACCGACGUCAUCGCCGUGCUCGUCCAGGAGGGCUGCGCGCUGGACCGGCAGGACAAGGACGGGAACACCGCCCUUCACGAGGCCAGCUGGCAUGGCUUCAGCCAGUCGGCCAAACUGCUGGUUAAGGCGGGAGCCAACGUCCUGGCCAGAAACAAGGCGGGGAACACGGCCCUGCACCUGGCCUGCCAGAACAACCACUCCCAGAGCACCCGCGUCCUGCUGCUGGGAGGAUCUCGCGCCGACCUCAAAAACAACGCGGGAGAUACCUGUUUGCACGUUGCCGCUCGCUAUAAUCACUUGCCCAUCAUUAGAGUGCUCCUCAGUGCUUUCUGUUCUAUCCAUGAAAAGAACCAGGCCGGAGACACGGCCCUGCACGUAGCCGCCGCGCUCAAUCACAAGAAGGUGGUGAAGAUCCUGCUGGAAGCCGGGGCCGACGGCACCGUUGUCAACAACGCAGGCCAGACCCCACUGGAGACCGCCCGCCAACACAACAACCCCGAAGUUGCUCUGCUUCUCACCAAAGCACCGCAGGUGCCGCGCUUCAGUCGGGGCAGGAGCCUGCGAAAGAAGAGAGAGAGACUCAAGGAAGAGAGGAGGGCUCAGUCCGUGCCCAGGGAGGAGCUAGUGCCCAGUAAGGGCAGCGUUUCGGCGGCCGACACCCCCAGCAGCGAACGGGCGGCUCCCCGGCUAGGGGAGGCUAAGGAGGAGGCCCGCUCGGCUUCUCCAGAGCCCCGAGCCAGGGCGCACAGGAAGAAAAGGCCGAAAGAGAAGGUCUCGGCCUUCUCGGACCCCACCCCCCCCGCGGACCAGCAGCCCCUCCCCGGGCCCCAGGGGCAUCUGCGGAACAACCCCAAGAGGAGGAACAAGCACCGCUGCCCGUCUCCGCCCCCUCCCCACGAGGUCCGGGCCUACCAGCUGUACACCCUGUACCGCGGCAAGGACGGCAAAGUCAUGCAGGCUCCCGUGAAAGGCUGCCGCUGUGAGCCGCUCAUCAACAAGCUGGAGAAUCAGCUGGAGGCCACAGUGGAGGAGAUGAAAGCGGAGUUCGGCACCGUGCGGGACAAGAUGAACACCAAGCUGGGGCAGAUGGAGGACCGGACUCAGCACCAACUGCGGGUCCUGGACAAACUGAUGGGCGAGAGGAUGUCGGCCGAGAGAACCGAGUGUCUCAACCGCCUGCAGCAACACGCCCAACUGGAGAGGCACGACGGGGAGAGACGGCAGGUGUCCUUGGUGGAUGAGCUGAAAAACUGGUGCCUGGGAAAGAUUCAGAAUCUGGAGCUGAAGCUCAGCGGAGAGUCGAGAGCCUCCGGGCCACAGUCGACGCCAUCUCCGGAUCUCGACCAGCUGUCGGCGAGCCCGGAGGUGGUCCCGGAGGUGGCCCCCGAGGUGGCCGUGCGGCCCAAAGACAGGGCUCCGGGCGCGGCCCCGCCCGGCCCCAAGCUGCGCCACGUCAAGGUGCAGACGGCGUCGCGGGCCGAGCCGCCGCCGGGGCCCUGCGUCCACAGGGCCACCCAGACCAGGAAGGCGGACAAGGGCGGGCAGGGCAGACACCGCGCCCAGCACCCCCCGGCCCCCGCCGCCCGGCCCGACCCCCCGCUCCGAGACAGGACCCAGGCCCUGGAGAUCACCCAGUACUUCUUCGAGGCCGUCUCCACGCAGAUGGAGAAGUGGUACGAGCGGAAGAUGGAGGAGGCCCGCUGCCAGGCCACCCAGCGAGCACUGCAGGAGAAGGCCGCCCUGAAGGAGCACAUUCACAGCUUGGAGGAGGAGCUCACCAAGCUGAGGACGGAAGUGCAGAAGGACAGCUAGCCGGAGGGAGGGUGGUGGGCGGGCCAGGCCCCGUCUGUCCCAGGAAUAACGCUGCAGCUUGGGGGUCCUGGAAGCGACACCCCACCCCUAUCCGGGCCGGCCCCCGGGCGAAAACCGCUGCGCCACGGUCACACAAACCUUCGGUGCCUAAGGGGCGACCGUAGACCUCCGACGGACGGAUGGACGAGCGGCUCAGACCCGUCCGGCCGCCUGCCGCAAAUCCGCGAGCGGACCGGCUUCCCCAGGACCGCCAGACGCCCAAACGGAAGGAUCCGGACAGCUGCCGGCCCUGGCACCUCUCCCACGGCCGUUUCUCCCCAGACCGCGCGCGUCCUUCCCGGCGGGGUGAAGAUUCGAGUAAACCCCCUCAUCCAGGUACCAAAGCGUCUGAGCCAGCCAGGUGGGAGUCCGGUGACGGAGCCGAGUUCGUUUGAGCUACUGGGGCUCGAGCCACGCGUCUGGGGCUAGCCUUAGUUGUAAAAUAAAACGUUUUCCAUUCCUUUGCUA